GCGGUCUCCCACUUUGACCGAAUACCUCUGUGCACGUGCUGGUGUGCAGGGUCGCGCACGCUGCCUCGAUCGGUCACUCACUCCCGCAUGAGCUGGUCGUGGCUUUCAUUCCCCAAUGCACUCGCCCGCGCGCCGACCGCCUUGUUUGUUGAGCCCGGGCGCACGGUCGUCCAGCAUCGUCAAGGCUGGCACAGCGUUCAAGAAAGGAUCUGGCGCGGGGUUCCUCGUCCAUCGGCACAAUUGGAAGCCGCGGUACUUGGUUCUCACACUCAACGCGCUCUUGUACUAUACCCACCAGGACGGUCGGUUAAAAGGCAGCGUCGACCUGACCGACGUCCUGGAUGCCGCCGCGCUCGAAAUCAUGCCCCACGACUGCGUCAAAACAGGCCACUCAGCCGCAUCGGAGUGGCGGCUUCGGAUCACGACGCCAACGCGGCAGUUUGUCAUGGCCGCGGCAUGUGAGCGAGAUAUGCACGAGUGGAUCGAAGCGUUCCUGGACGUGUUUCGAGCGAACGAGCGGCGACAAAGCGGCGCGGCAUCCAUGGCGCCGCAGGAACCUUCCCGCCAUCGCGAACUGAUUUGUGAACAUCGUGAAGCGAUUGCCUAGCUAUCCAAGGCCGCACGGCAAGGGGCUGUGUCGGUAUGGCGAAUAUCUGGUGGCGCAUGCGCCAAGCGCAGGAUAGCACGUUUUUAUUUAAUAAUGCAUGUAUUUAUUCAUGA